UGGCGACUACGCAAAACAGGUAGAAACCCUUGACGCUGAGAAUGCGUCACUCAAAUCCAAGGCAGAGGACCUCGAAGAUGCUGUUCAGGCGGCCAAGAAAGAACACGCUGCUGUGAAGAAGGAGCUGGACGAUACACUCAAGGACCUAGCUUUGUAA